UCGAAACAUUCUGGUUAAUUACCAUCGAUUGUGCUUAGAUAAGGUUCUGACGAGUGGUAAUAAACUGUGUCCGGUUCAAUGUCGCGGUUAUCGGUCUUCUAUGGCAGUUUGAGAGCCGUUCAACCUGCGCGCGGCGUGGUGACCCAGUGACUCGCGAAUCGUAAAUAUGUAAAUAAACAUGAACGAUAUAAGAGUGACAAUAGAGGAAUCUUUGAAGGACCAGGCCGCGGUUGAUGUGUCUCCAAAAGUGGAGCAGAGUAGUGAAAAUGAAGUGGAUCCGUUGGCGAUAGACGACGCCGCAGUGGGCACGAAAGACCCACUCGUGGACCAGGUGACAGAUGAAAAUAUAGAAAAGGCGGGAAACGCUGAAGUCUGUGAUGAUAAUGCCAAAGAAGAAAAGUCAAGUGAUAUAAAUGAAGAACAUUGUGUUACCAUAAAUUCAGAGGAUGUCAAAGAGGAUGUUUUGAAGGAGGAUAGCAAUUCCCGUAGCAGUGUAGUUAAUGAGAACAAUCAGGAAGUGGCACCGGUUCACAAUGAACCUGAAGUGGUCCCUGAAGCAGCUGAAAGUAAUCCGGUACAGCCAGUUGAGGUUCCUGAACCAGUUGCAACGGAUAUAAAAGAAAUAAAAGAAGCUGCUGAAACUGUUGUUCCAAAAUCUACUACCCCUGAGAUACAAGUGAAGGAAUCAAGCCCGCCUAAGGAGAUAGCUUCUGAACCAAAAAAAGAGGUUAAAGCUCCAGAAAAAGAAGUUGUAGUGCCUGAUGUUGAGAUGACAGAAGUUCCCAAUGAGGUCCCCAAAGUUACAAAGGUCGAAGAGAAGAUUGAAAAGGUGGAGCCUAAAAUAUUACAGCCUGUUAAUGGUGACUUAGCUAAGGAGGAACAAGCAACGAAAAGACGCUCAAGCCAAGAAGUAGAGACUGAAUCCCCAUUAAAAAAACUUUGCCAGGAAGUCGAAAAAACUUUCCCACAGCAUGAUAUCAUGAUUAGUGAUUACAUACAAACUGCAACAAAGAACAAUAUAGACGAAAUCCAACGCCAUACAGAACAACUUUUAUCUGAAAUCCAAACGUUACGAGAAUUAGCACAAAAGAAAGAACAGGAAUGGAAUAAUAUAUUACAUCUAAAAAAAGUAAAAGAAGAGAUAUUAUUGCGACUUUUAAGGCGAAAACAGGUGUUGUCCUUCGAAAAGUCAGCUGAUGUUAAUGGAUCAGAUAGAACGGAUCCUUUCGACUAUUUAAAUCAAGCUAAGAAUUUAGCCAUUGACAAAAGUGAUGAAAUCUCGGGGUUGUCUAUAAAGCAACCAGGUCCAACCAUUAACCCGUUGCUGGCUCAAGCUCCUGUUAUGCCAGUAACAAGUCAUUUCAAUCCAAUGGCAGGGUUGCCACCCCCAUAUGAUAAAGCAGCUCAUAUGCAACCCAUGCCGAAACCCAUAUUCCCACCACAGAUGAUGAUGCCUGGUCCAAUGCCACAGUAUCCUAGAGAUAUGAAUGGGCAGCUCCCAGGCACUUAUGGUUUGCCAAUGGGUCGUCAAGGUCCCACUAAAGAUGUGAAAUCAAUAAUAGCUGAUUACAGACAAAGAAAUCCAGAUGUGACUCCAAGGAGGGGCAGGAGAAUGAAGUCUAUUCUGAAUCCGAACAUGAUGAACGCGCCGAGACCUAUAGCGCCGAAGAUGGAUGGUCUGAACAACCUGAAUAACCUGAAUAUGCUCUUCAAUAAUUUAGAUAUGAACCAAAAAGCUAUGUUAGAACGCCUACAACAGAUGCAAGCUGGCGGUAUGCCAAAUGGCCUCUCGUUCAAGGAUGUUCUUGUCCAAUUCGCCAACAUGCAGCAAGCUAACACCGGCCUGAUACCCAACAGGCCUGUCGAAAUGCCCAGGCCUGACCACCACAUCAGGCCAGAAGGUGGACAUCCGCGGCGGAGGCAGGAGAGGAGCCACGAAGAAGUUCACAUACCAGUCAAACAGGCGGAAAGACUGGCAUCCCCUAACACUAGACUACCCCCGCCGCCGCCAUAUCCAGAAAUCUCGUUAUUACCAGUUUCAAGCAGUCAGGACACAAAUCAAACACAAAACUCUUUGCUCCACGGCAUACUGACGAAGCAGGCGUCCCCUGCGACUCAGAGUUACUCGCCGACGUUGGCUAAACUGCUCACUUCGCCGGAACGGAAACAGAGCGCGCCAACGUUGCCAACUUUCGGUCAGGCCAAGAACUGUGGUGAAAUAACGAUUACGCCGGUGCAGCCCGCGCAACCGGAUCCUCAGCCUGAAAAAUCUGAGGAGGUUGUACAACUGGAUGACGAAGAGAGCGCGGCGUCGUCCCCGUCAGGGGCGGGCUCCCCGUCCGGCUCGGGGUCCGGCCGGCUCGUGAUCGACGAGGGGGGCGACGCGGCCCCCGACGGGGGCGAGGGGGGCGACGGGGGCGAGCCCGCCGCUGACGGAGACGACGCCUCGGAGGCGCCGCUGUGCCAGGGCUGCAGGCGCCGCGAUGCUCAGUUUGUGUGCGCGGGCUGCGCCAACCAGUGGUACUGCAGUCGGGACUGUCAAGUGGCAGCAUGGGACGAUCAUUCGGAAAUGUGUUCGGGCUAG